UUGACACUUCGACAGUGACAGAUUUGUUUGUUUGUUCGAUUUGACGUGGAAAUUUUGAGUUGUAUUCCAGCAGGUUAUUCCAAAUUUCCAGGCGGAUAAAAGAAAAUUGUAACUAUUAAGAAACAACAGCGAUUUCGGUUCAUAAAAAUGAGUGCAUUUAAAAGGGAAAAGAAAGAGGAAGAGGACGGGGGAGGCAAUCCUUUCCAAAAUAUUGAGAAAACUUCAGUGCUUCAGGAAGCCAGGAUUUUCAAUGAAACCUCUGUCAAUCCUAGAAAAUGUACACCAAUCCUUACGAAGCUACUUUACAUGCUAAAUCAGGGUGAACAACUGAGUGCAAAAGAAGCCACAGAUGUUUUCUUCGCUAUGACAAAACUAUUUCAGUCAAAAGACGUCAUACUUCGAAGACUAGUGUAUCUUGGAAUCAAGGAGCUAAGCUCUAUUGCAGAUGAUGUUAUCAUUGUUACAUCCAGUUUGACUAAGGAUAUGACUGGCAAAGAAGAUAUGUAUAGAGCUGCUGCAAUAAGGGCAUUAUGCAGUAUUACAGAUGCAACAAUGUUACAAGCCAUUGAAAGAUACAUGAAACAAGCCAUUGUCGAUCGUAAUCCUGCAGUUAGCUCUGCAGCAUUAGUCAGUUCUUUGCAUAUGACAAAAUUUGCACCAGAGGUUGUUAAAAGAUGGGUAAAUGAAGCACAAGAAGCUGUUAACAGUGACAACAUUAUGGUACAAUAUCACGCUUUGGGCCUUUUAUAUCAUAUCAGAAAAACUGACAGAUUAGCGGUUACAAAGUUAGUUUCUAGACUGACAAGAAUGUCUUUGAAGAGUCCUUAUGCUGUUUGUAUGUUGAUCAGGAUUUCUGCUAAACUGAUCGAAGAAGAAGGCAGUGACAGUAAUUCUCCAUAUUUUGAAUACAUCGAAUCUUGUUUCCGUCAUAAAUCUGAAAUGGUUGUCUAUGAAGCUGCCCAUGCUAUUGUGAAUCUAGAUCGUACCUCUAGUAGAGAACUUGCUCAAGCCAUAAGUGUUUUGCAGUUGUUCUGUGGAGCACCUAAACCGACACUGAGAUUUGCUGCUGUGAGAACUUUAAAUCAAGUAGCUAUUUCUCAUCCUACAGCUGUAACUGCUUGUAAUAUAGAUUUAGAGAAUCUGAUUACUGACUCGAAUAGGUCGAUAGCAACUUUGGCGAUUACUACUCUUCUAAAAACAGGUGCCGAAUCCUCAGUAGAUCGUCUAAUGAAACAAAUAGCCUCUUUUGUAUCAGAGAUAAGCGAUGAAUUCAAAGUUGUAGUUGUUCAAGCAAUUCAAGCCUUAGCCCUAAAGUUCCCUAGGAAACACAGUGUCCUGAUGAAUUUCUUGUCUGCAAUGCUCAGAGAUGAAGGAGGUUUAGAGUAUAAAGCUUCAAUAGCGGACACAAUCAUUACUAUCAUUGAAGACAAUCCAGAAGCUAAAGAGACUGGUUUGGCACAUCUUUGUGAAUUUAUUGAAGAUUGUGAGCAUAUAUCCCUUGCUGUUAGAAUCUUGAAUUUGUUGGGUAAGGAGGGACCUAAAACCAAACAACCGUCAAGAUACAUAAGAUUUAUUUACAACCGUGUAAUACUGGAAUGUCCUUCAAUAAGAGCAGCAGCUGUAUCUGCAAUGGCGCAGUUUGGUGCAUCUUGUCCAAAUCUCCUCGAAAACAUCCAGGUUUUAUUAGCUCGUUGUCAGAUGGAUUCUGAUGAUGAAGUUAGAGACAGAGCCACAUAUUACAGCAGCAUCUUGAACAGAAAUGAUAAAAGUUUGUACAACAAUUACGUCCUGGAUACAUUACAAGUUUCCAUUCCGGCAUUGGAGAGGUCAUUAAAAGAAUAUUCACAGUCAAAUACAGAUCAGCCAUUUGAUAUUAAGGCUGUUCCAGUGGCAGCUGUAACCAAACCAGAUGAGCACGAAGUGAAGCAGAAAUCUGAAGGGAUGUUGAUAAGUAAUGGUCCUGCUAGAGCGCCACCCGCUUCUAGGGAAGAGAACUUCGCAGAAAGAUUGUCUGCUUUACCAGAUGUCAACCUCCUAGGUUCACUAUUUAAAAGUUCAGAGGUAGUUGAACUGACAGAAUCCGAAACAGAAUAUGUAGUUAGAUGUGUCAAACAUUCAUACGCCAGACAUAUUGUACUUCAGUUUGAUUGUCUGAACACACUUGAUGAUCAACUACUAGAAAAUGUAAGGGUGCAGUUGGAUCCAAGUGAAGGCUAUGAAAUAAUCAAAGAAAUUCCUUGUCCCAAGUUGCCUUACAAUGAAACUGGCACAGUUUACAUAAUUCUGAAGUUCCCUGAAGACGAUUUACAAAACAGUAUUGGCACAUUUGGCGCCGUUCUUAAAUUUCUUGUGAAAGAUUGUGAUCCAGCUACUGGAAUACCAGACAUUGACGCAGGAUAUGAUGAUGAAUAUAUGCUGGAAGACCUGGAAGUAACUCUUGGCGACCAAAUCCAAAAAGUCAGCAAAGCCAAUUGGGGUGCCGCGUGGGAAGAAGCUGAAGCUUCUUCUUAUGAAAUGGAGGACACUUAUGCUCUCAGUUCGAUGAAUAGUUUAGAAGAAGCUGUUGGCAAUAUUAUUAAGUUCUUAGGAUUACAGCCAGCGGAAAGAAGCGAUAAAGUACCUAAAGAUAAAACUACGCACACUUUACUUUUAGCUGGAAUAUUCCGAGGCGGUAUUGAUAUUUUGGUGAGGGCCAAAUUGGCGCUGGCAGAUGGAGUUACAAUGCAAUUGACGGUGAGAUCGCAAGAUGAAGGAGUUUCAGACUUGAUUACGUCUGUUGUGGGCUAAAAGCUACUGGAUUUUAAAUAGUUUAGUACUAAGAAUAAAUUGUAUAUUAAAUUAUAUUAUAUUAUAUUGUGUCUAUCCAUUCAGUUAAUGAAAAAGAAUUAACUCGAUUUUAUAAUUUUUAUCCAAAAUAAAAAUUCAGUUAUCAAUGUA